AAAGAAGAUCAGUUCUAGAAUUUUCUAGGUGAUUGUAGUAGUAAUAAUAAUAUUGAAAAUGGCUUCCCAGGUGCAUCAGAACUACCACAAGGACUGUGAGGGUGCUGUUAACAAGCAGAUCAACCUGGAGCUCUAUUCCUCCUAUGUUUAUCUCUCCAAGUCCUUUUACUUUGACCGGGAUAAUGUUGCCCUGCGUCACUUUGCUGAGUUCUUCAAGGAGCAGUCACAUGAGGAACAGGAACGCGCUGAGAAACUGAUCAAAUUCCAGAAUAAACGUGGAGGCCGGAUCAUCCUGGAGGACAUCAAGAAACCAGAGCAGAAUGAUUGGAGUAAUGGUCUGGAGGCAAUGCAGAGAGCUCUGCAGAUGGAGAAGAAUGUGAACCAGAGCCUGCUGGAUCUGCACAAGCUGUCCUCUAGGAACACUGACCCUCAUCUUUGUGACUUCCUGGAGACUCACUACUUGGAUGAGCAAGUGAAGAUGAUCAAGAAGCUUGGAGAUCACAUCACCAACCUGAAGAGACUGGGAGCCCCUGAGAGAGGCAUGGGAGAGUACCUGUUUGACAAGCUCACCCUGGGGGAGUGAAUGAACUGACCAUAGGAGCAAGCUGCUUGUGUUUACUAUUCAAUUUGCAUAAUUGAGACCUUUGACCCAGUAACUUGUAAUGUGGCACGAAGAACUAACUAUAAAUAAAUUGUUCAACAUUAA